AUGACUAGCUUUGCUUUGGAAGAGAUCGCCCAGCAUAACACCCGGGAGAGUGCAUGGAUCGCCAUCCACGGAAAAGUCUAUGCCGUGACAGGGUAUCUUGAUAAUCACCCCGGGGGUAGGGAACUGUUGAUGGAGGUUGCUGGAAAGGACGCAACGGAAGACUUCGAUUAUACAGGCCAUUCGGCUACUGCUCAUGAAAUAUUGGAGACCCUUGGGAUUGGAACGCUGUCUGGCUGGAUCAGGGUACGAACUAGAAAGCCUCCGCUGGCAGUCGCGUUGGCCACGGGGUGUGUUAUCGCGCUGCUGGUAUAUCUCUGGGGCAUUGAUGGAGCGAACAGGUCCCAUAUAAAAUAUGGGGCCUGGCCGAGUCAUGGUGUGAUAGUAGCAGUAAUUGCGGUCAUCGGGGGUCUGCUCCGGAAAUUACUGUUUGACCAUGGCAAGGGGGCGUUUCAAUAUACCCCAUACUUUUCUUACCCACUGCAUGGGCAGUAG